CAGAGAGAAAGAAAAGCUGCAGUCUCAGAAAUUAUUUUAUUCUUCGUUGAGUAAAUCCAUCAUUCAAUUUCAGUACAUUUUCAUUUCAUUUUAUAGGUUUAAAGGAUACAUUGAUAGAUUGUUGUUUCAUAAUCGAUCAUCGGUGCAACUGAGACAAUGCCUGAUGCAAGGAAAAGACGCUCGAUGUUGUUUUUGACUCUUCUGGUUCAAAUAGCGCAAGGACUGGUCAGUUACUCCAUUCCUGAAGAGAUGGCAAAAGGAUCGGUAGUGGGAAAUACUGCGCAGGAUUUGGCUUGAAUUUACAACGACUGAAAUCAGGAAAAGCGAGAAUUUAUACAAGAGACAGUACGGAAUACUUUAGUUUUUUCCCCACCUGGGAUAUAUUUGUAUGAUGAAAAUAAGGAGUGACAGGGAGCACAUCUGCCAGAGUAGGAGAAUUAUUUUGGCUAUCAGAAAUGUAAUUAAAUUUAAGGUUUUUAUGUUGUGUAGUUUUAUUAAGUUUCCCAGAUCAAACCCCAAAAUACAGAAACUCUGGCAACAUUUGGACUUAAAUCUACUUACUUAAUGUUAUAAAACAAUUUUAGAAGUGUAAAGUAUAUGAUAGGAUAAAAUUGCAUACUCAAGUGUUGAAACUUAACUAGAAAAUUGCCAUAAACUAAAAAAAAAAAAAACAGAAGCAAAGACCAAAAAAAAAAUAAAUAAAAAAAUAAAAAAAUAAAAAUAAAACACCCCACAAACUUUUGUCACAAUCACGUGCUUCACAGUUUGUGCCCUGAAUACCACUAUAUAGUCUCAACCUAUCUGUAAAAAGCAGAACUGAGGAGCAGAGCAGUGCAGGCUAAACAAACUACAACACUGAUACAGCGUUAUGAAGUUUGACGGUGAGAGAUCAGAGACACCUGAAUGUAUUUAUCAAAAUGUAGAUACUGUAGGACGUCCUGAUCUGAGGAUCACAGAGAAACAACAGCCACUUCAACACACAGGAAGUGACAGAAAGCACAGAGCAGCUGAAGUGUGUUUGUGUCUGCUGUGUUUUCUUCUGCUGAUUGCUGUAAUAGUGCUGUGUGUGUGUUUCACCACCGAGAGACACCAGCUACUAACUCACAUCAGUAACCUGACUGAGGAAAGAGAGCAGAUAAUGGAACACAACAAUAACCUGACUCAAGAAAGAGAGCAGAUACUUACCAAAUAUGAGCAGAUGCUGAACCGUAACAAAAGGCUGACUAAAGAAAGAGUGCAGAUAAUGAAAAACAACAGUAACCUGAUUGAAGAAAAAAAGCAGUUAAAGAAUGACAAGAACCGAGUGUAUAGUUGGCUUUCCGAACAAGAUCAGCAAAGGGAACCCAUCAAAUGGAUGUACUACAACUUCAGUUUUUAUUAUAUUUCAUCUGAGAAGAAGAGCUGGAUUGACAGCAGACGUGACUGUCAACAGAGGGGAGCAGAUCUGGCGAUCUUAAACAAAGACAACGAACAAUCAUUUCAGAAGUUUUUGCAGAAGGUUGCUGAGACUGAAAAUUUUUGGAUUGGUCUGAUAAACACAGAGAAAGGGUGGAAAUGGAUUAAUGGCACCUUAACGCCAAAUGGGUCUGGGAAUAACAACUGCGGUGCAGUGGGUGCAACAGCAAAUUUUCGUUUUUCCUGUGAUACUACACACCGAUGGAUCUGUGAGAGAACUUUGAACAAUCAUUAAAUUACUCAUUAUUAAAACAAAUAUGUAAAUACAGUAAACUAAAGAGCUACACUUAUGCUUAAUAAUGAAUGAGUCAUUAUGAAAAUUGUACUCAAGUAACUUUACAUUUUACCAUUUUAAUUUUAUAUUUUUGUGUCCUUACCAAGAUGGAUACUAUUUAAA